CACAUAGCCCAUAUGUGUUUUAAUCGCGUCAAUACCAAGUUUAUUCCUCGUCUUCAAUUGUUUAUUUAGUUUUUAAUUAACAGAGUGUUUAAUUGUUCAUUCUUAGAGAUUAAUCCAAGAAGCUAAAAAAUGAGCGAUGAAUUGACCAAGGAGCAAACUGCAUUACUACGUAAUGCAUUUAAUGCUUUUGACCCUGAAAAAAAUGGAUAUAUCAACACAGCUAUGGUGGGUACGAUACUUAGCAUGUUGGGUCAUCAACUUGAUGAUGCAACUCUUGCUGACAUUAUCGCUGAAGUCGAUGAGGAUGGCUCGGGCCAAAUUGAAUUUGAAGAAUUUACCACACUGGCAGCCCGCUUCCUUGUGGAAGAGGACGCUGAAGCUAUGAUGGCUGAAUUGAAGGAAGCUUUCCGCCUUUACGACAAAGAAGGAAAUGGAUAUAUAACUACUGGUGUUCUUCGUGAAAUCCUGCGCGAACUAGACGAUAAAUUGACAAAUGACGACCUGGACAUGAUGAUCGAGGAAAUUGAUUCCGAUGGAUCGGGCACUGUUGAUUUUGAUGAAUUUAUGGAAGUAAUGACCGGUGGCGAUGAUUAAAAGAAUAUCAAAAGAGUACAUCGAAAUAAGUAUUUUAAUUUAAACAAUGCAAUCAAAAUUGUAUGACAUCAGAAAACAUUAUAUUAAAUUAUUUUGUCUAAAGUAAAUAAGUAAAUUGAUCGUAUGAAAACGUAAAA